UGAUCAUUUCUAUUAUUCUAUAACUUGUCAAUGGCUCAACAAGAACAAGUUGAUGUUUCACUAAACCUGUCAAAGCACAUUCUUUUAAACUAUGGCAAAGAUUCAAACCUUGUCUUCUCUCCAAUUUCCAUACAAGUUAUUCUUGGCUUGGUUGCAGCUGGUUCGAGUGGCCAAACCCUUGAUCAACUUCUCUCUUUUCUUAAUGCCAGAACUAUAGAUGAGCUUAACUAUCUUUAUUCAAGUAUCGUCGAUCGGGUUUUCGCCAAAGAUUCCUCCUCCAGUGGUCCUUGUUUGUCCUUAGCCAAUGGUGUUUGGCUUCAGAAGUCACUCACUCUCAAGCCUUCUUUCAAAGAGGUUGUUGAAACUGUGUACAAAGCCGCAUGUCGUCAGGUUGAUUUUGAAAGCAAGGAGGAAGACGCAAGAAAUGUAGUGAAUUCCUGGGCCGAAAAGGAGACUAAGGGCCUUAUCAAAGAGAUUCUUCCUUCAGGAUCAGUUGACAGCUCAACUAAGCUUGUUUUUGCCAACGCCCUCUAUUUUAAAGGAGCAUGGAGUUGCGAGUUUGAUGCAUCCAGGACAAAAGACAAUGAGUUCCACCUCCUCGAUGGCAGCUCAAUUCAGGUCCCCUUCAUGACCAGCAACAAGAAAAAGCAAUUGAUCAGGGUUUUCAACGGUUUCAAAGUGUUGGGGCUUCCUUAUAAACAAGGUGACAAACGCCAAUUUUCAAUGUACAUCUUUCUUCCGGAUGCAAAAGAUGGGUUGCCCAGAUUAGUAGAGAAAUUUGGUUCCGUACCUGGAUUCCUGGAGCGCCAUAUUCCAUAUCAGGAAGUAGAAGUUGGCGCCUUCCACGUUCCAAAAUUUAAGUUCUCAUUUGAGUUUGAAGCAUCUGAUGUUUUAAAGGAACUAGGCCUGGUCUUGCCCUUUACCAGGAAUGAUGGCCUUACCGAGAUGGCGGAUUCUCCUGUGGGUCCAAAGCUCUGUGUUUCUCGCAUAUUUCAUAAAUCCUUCAUUGAAGUUGAUGAACAAGGCACUGAAGCUGCUGCUGCAUCUGUUUCUAAAGUUCGAUUAUGUCUAAUAGCUUAUAUUGACUUUGUCGCAGACCACCCAUUCUUGUUCGUCAUCAGAGAAAACAAUACCGGAAGUGUGCAAUUUAUUGGACAGGUGCUUAAUCCUACUUGAACACAUGAUUUUCGCAGAUUCUUGAGCCUUUAGUGUGAGUAUGCAACUUUUUUCAUCAGAAGCAUUGUUAUUGUUUUAAGUUUAUCAUAUAUUUAUCAUCUGAAUUUUGAGAUUUGAAUUAUGUUCUAUUUAUCAAAGUGUCUAUGUCAUGAUUUGGGUUGAUUGUCCCUGGAUUUAAAUCUAAAUACAUGUUUUUUUUUCA